UCCAAUAGGCCAACACGUUUUUGCACAUUUUUCUUCUUCUUCUUCUUCUUCAUAACGUUUGUUAAUCUGAAGAAAACAAUAACGUGAAUUCAAUUUCUUUUAGCAACAACAAACAAACACUACUGAAUCUCUCUCAGAUCCAAUCCAAUCCAAUCCCAAACUACAGAUGAAUUAAGAAGAAUCAGAUCCAAUCUCUCAAAAUCGUGAAAUGGCUCCAACACGGAUUCUAACAAGAGACGAAGAGCUUGGUGGUGCUGCGACGACGAUAUCAGACGACGACGACUCGCCAUCUGGUAAACGAUCUAAACUCGAUCGUUUCCCUCUUAGCCGUUGGGAACUCGCUGUUUCUCUCAGCGUCUUCCUCGUCUUCUCCUCUGGUCUCUGUUGUAUCUACCUCACCAUGCCUGCUGCUGAAUUUGGCAAACUCAAACUCCCCAGAAGCAUCUCUGAUCUCCGUUUGCUCAAAGAUAAUUUAGCAAACUAUGCGAAUGAGUACCCGACGCAGUUCGUUUUAGGGUAUUGUGCUACAUACAUUUUUAUGCAGACCUUUAUGAUUCCUGGGACUAUCUUCAUGUCACUCUUAGCUGGAGCUCUCUUUGGUGUGUUUAAAGGUGUUUUCUUGGUUGUUUUCAAUGCUACUGCUGGUGCUACUUCUUGUUUCUUUCUGUCCAAAUUGAUCGGUCGUCCUUUGAUUACUUGGCUUUGGCCUGACAAAUUAAGAUUCUUUCAAGCUGAGAUUAGUAAGCGUAGAGAUAAGCUUCUCAACUAUAUGUUGUUUCUGAGGAUAACACCAACUCUGCCAAAUCUUUUCAUCAAUCUUGCUUCUCCCAUUGUCGAUGUACCUUUCCAUGUCUUCUUUUUGGCCACAUUGAUUGGUCUCAUCCCUGCUGCUUAUAUUACCGUCAGGGCUGGUCUUGCUAUUGGAGAUCUCAAGUCGGUGAAAGAUCUGUAUGAUUUCAAGACAUUGUCAGUGCUUUUCCUCAUCGGGUUCAUCUCUAUACUUCCGACGAUAUUGAAAAGAAAGAAGAUAUAUGAAUAGCCAAGGAGAGGUAUCUUUAAUGUACACAGGCUUAACCGUCAGUGCCUUACAGAGAACAAGAAUACAAUUAACAUGUUUAGAGGACACAACAGAACAAAAAUGUUGAUUCGUUUACUUGGCACACUUAUUCGUUUGGAUAGUGUUCUUUUUUGGUCAUAUUUUGUUUCUAUUUGAGUAGUUAAGGAGAGAAAUUACAGAAGUAAUACAUUUUUUUUUUUGUAUCUGAUUUGACAAGACGAGAGAUCAUCAAAUAUUUUGGUUGCCGGAUUAUUA